UCUCGAGCUAAGUGGUUUGUUGUUCGUGCUAAAGCUGUGUUUACUUUUACACACGUUUCGUAUACAGCUAGAAAGAUAUUAUUUCUAUGCCGUGGCGAAUUCUUAGAGCUCUACGCUGAAGAUGGCUACAAUUGUUAACCAGAUUGAGGAAGUCGAGAAGGAUAUAAGAGGCUGUGAGGAUGAACUGGACAUGAUUGAUCGAAGACUUCGGCUAAAGAAAUUGUCAGAUAGUGAAAGAGAUGGGUUAAUUGACAGACAAGAGCAGAUACAGGAGAAACUUAAAGAACAUGAGAAAUCUUUGGGAAAUCUACGCAAAGAAAACAGAAAAUCCAUGGCUGUGUCUGUAGCCAUUCUAGGACUUUUGUUUAUGGGAUAUCUGCUAUUUUUUAGCUGAUUGUGUUCUUAGGAAUGUAAUUUUGUCAUUAAUAGUUUUAUUGUACAGAGAUCUGUGAAUAAAAACAAUUGAAAAACACCCUUUGGAGAAGCAAAGGCCUCAUUCAACUCAAAAUUAAAACACUUUGAAGUUUAUGUCCCCAGUGGUAGACAUAAAGAAAAAUUGCAAUUAAAUAUUAAAUAUCAUGCCUGGGUACAAAAGUUUUUCAGCAACAUUUCCACAGAAACAAUUUAGUUAACAGAGAUCAUCGCUUUGGGCCUGAUAUUCAGUGAUUUUUCAUAUCAAACCUCUACAUCCUAGCAUCAGGAUUUCAUUUUCUCCAAUCUGUUCUCCAUGCUUUCCCUCAUGCACUGACAAGGAGAAUUGGUUUCACAAUUCAAUUUUCUUAGGUUGGUGAUCAUUUUCUCUAUUCUCAUGAUCUUAAUGAAUGACUCAGGAGUAUUACUGUAAGGAGAAAUUUGAUGCUGAUCACUCUUAAGGUUAAGGGGCUAAACACCUAGUCUCUCAGGGUAGUGUUGGAUUGGCCCAUAUUACUUGAGUUUUUUCUCGAAGAAUAA